AUGCUCCUCCGGCGACCGCUGCAAACCCUCACUCUCCCCCUCCUCCGCCGCCACUUCGCCGCCGCCGCCGCCGCUGAGGCGCUCGUGCCCCCCCACCAAGCCGUCGACCCGCUCUCCCCACCGUACGACUACCUCCCGGGCCACCCGCGGCCAGACGCCAAGCACGAUGAGGUGAUCCUCGCCGUGCCGCGCGCCUCUUCGGGGCGCCACGUGGCCGCCAAGGAGCGCAAGGCCGGGCGGGUCCCCGCCAUCGUAUUCGAGCAGGAGAACGGGCAGGAGGGCGGCAACAAGCGCCUCGUCUCUGUUCAGUCCAAGCAGAUCCGCAAGCUCGUCGACCACCUCGGCCGGUCCUUCUUCCUCUCCAGGCUGUUCAGGCUGCAGGUCUGGUCAGAACACGCCGGGCAGGGUGAACUCAUCGAGACCGUCCACGUCCUACCCCGAAAGGUACACCUGCAUGCAGGCACUGAUGAACCACUGAAUAUCACAUUUAUGAGAGCACCUUCUUCUGCGCUUCUCAAAAUAGACGUUCCUCUGAUGUUCAUUGGAGAGGAUGCCUCGCCUGGUCUCAGGAAAGGAGCUUACUUCAACACCAUAAAACGAACGGUCAAGUAUCUGUGCCCCGCUGACAUAGUACCACCGUACAUUGAAGUGGAUCUAAGUGAGUUGGAUGUAGGACAGAAAUUGUUGAUGCGCGAUCUGAAAGUUCAUCCAGCGUUGAAGCUGCUUCAGUCGCCAGAUCAGCCCAUCUGUAACAUUAUCGGAUCAAGGGCUCCAGAACAGAAGAAGGGAAAAUAA